GAAGAGUCCCGUUGACAAUUUUUGUUUGUGUGUGAUGAUUAGGGUUAGAAUUUUCUAAAGUUAUGUUUUGUUAUAAAAUAUGAUAAUGGAAAGAAGAAUAAAAUUGAAAACAUUAAAUAGUCACAUUACUUGUAAAAUAUGUAAAGGAUAUCUUAUUGAUGCUACUACAGUUACAGAAUGUUUACAUACUUUUUGUAAAAGCUGCUUAGUAAAACAUUUAGAGGAAAACAACACUUGCCCGACAUGUUCCAUAGUCAUACAUCAGAGUCAUCCUUUACAGUACAUAAGUUUCGAUAGAACUAUGCAGGAUAUAGUUUAUAAACUGGUCCCAGAUCUACAAAAAAAUGAAAUAGCUAGGGAGAGAGACUUUUAUAGACAAAGAGGUUUACCUUGUCCAAAAGACAUACCUCCAAAUCCAGGAGAUGUCGAGGAUGAAAAGCAAGCCAACGAUGUUCACGCAGAAUCAGACUACCAUAGACAAGAUGAACAAGUUAAUGUGUGUUUGGAAUGUAUUAGUUCAAAUUUAAAGACUUUAAAAAGACGAUUUAUUCGAUGUUCCGCACAAGCCACAAUUCUACAUCUGAAGAAAUUCGUAGCAAAAAAGGUUUUAAAUGGAAUGGAAAAGUAUAGAGAUAUUGAUAUAUUGUGCAAUGAUGAAUUACUAGGAAAGGAUCAUACUUUAAAAUUUGUGUAUGUGACAAGGUGGAGGUUUCAAAAUCCUCCUCUAACUUUGCAAUAUCGACCCAGAAUAGAUAUAUAAAUUUUUAAAAUUCAGUUGUUAUUAUUUUUAUUGAUCGAUGAUCUAUGUCACGUAUGUAAUUUACAUAUAGACAUAGGAUCACAUAAU